GAAGAAAGGCCAGGCCAUGAAGUUGAUUUUAACAUCACGUGGCAAGAUUAUUGGAAAAAAGAAAAAUGGGAGAUAAUUGUGGGAGAAUUUUCUGGAAACCCUUUUGAGCCUCUUCUUGAUAA